AUGUGUGGUCUGGUACGUUCUUUGUAGCCGGUUUAAAAACAUUACAACGAUUUGAUUUAAUUUGAGCUGAUAUGUGCACUUUUAUUUGCAUCGCUCCAAAAUAAGUCUAAUGGGUUAUUUUAAGUGUUAUAGAUAAAUAAAAAAAAAGAAAUUAUUAUGUUUUAAAAACAGUUCCUAAUUAAAUAGCCAAAAGCUUUAACUGCAUAUAACGCAUAAUUUAUAUUUUCAGGGCCGAUUCACCUCGAUGCCCACAGUAGAAAACGUAUUUUCUACGGAGGAGUCAGAAACUGAGGAGCUGAUCCGACCGCAAGCACCUCCACCAUUCGUCGGAAACUUCAGUCAACAACAACCUCCAAGGAACGGUUUUGAAAACGUCCAAGUAAUCACGGCUUCUGGAGACGGGAAACUUGAUGACGGAUUCGGUACUAGUUUUAGCCAAGAAGACUAUGGCCAGCGAGACGAAAACAGGAGAUUUGGGAAAAGAAAUGACGGAGGAGACAGAAGAUGGAAUGGACAAAGUGGUUUCGGUCAACGCGAUGCAAACCGUGGACAAGGCUCUCGCUUCGGUCAAGAAUCUCGCUUCGGCCAAGAAAGCGGAAGGAAGUUUUCGUCGGGAAACUCGAACGAUGGCUCCGACAAUUUCAGAAGAUCAAAUGAACGCGGAGGAUACGGCGCCAGAAGAAAUGACAACUUCAGGAACGAGGGUUUUGGAUCUACCGAAGCAAAUACACGCUCUUCUGGAGGGUUCAGAUCCAGUAAAUUUGGGAGCGAUUCAUUUGGCCAAGAUUCGGAAGGUACUUCUGGCAAACGUGGUGCCUUCAACGUAAAGGACGUGGGCGGCGUCAGAGGCGGCCGUAGAGGAACCAGUUGGAACUAAACCAUCGUUAUUGUUUUAUUAAAUCUAUUUUAAUGUUGUCUAACUUGACCUCUAAACCCUUUUUAAAAACGGUUGUUUUUUUUCUUUUUAACACAUCUAAUGUGACCUAUAUUGUAAAACGGGGCUAAUAUUACCAUAGAUCUCUUCAUUAUGUUUGAUCUCAAUGUUAUUUUUUUAAUAAAGUAUUACUGGUAGUUUUGUUGUUUAUUUGAAAUUACUUAAUAUGACUUCAAAAAGUAAUAUCAAGGUUGAUGAGGGUAAACACUGUAUUUCAAUAGAAGUGUUGUUUUGAUGUUUUCAUAUAAUGUUUGAAGAUUAAAAUAAUAUAUGACUCGCAAACGAGUUGGAGUUGUCAUCAAGGCUCCACACCAUCUGUGUCGAUUAUAUCAGUCGUUGCGCAAGUUUCGCUACUAAAAAACUUGUUUUUAUGAAACUUGAGAGGAAACAGGCUGUUCGAAACUUGAUUAAUGUGGAGGGGGAUUGGGAGAUUAUGAAGAUACACAACCGAGUUAUCAAUGAGUAAAAUAAUCUUUGGGAGAAUGAUUGGAAAGACAUUAAAACAUUGUGGAAAGCUGAUAGACGUCACAGAUGUGAAGACAAUCUUCAUGUCAUCAAGUUAGUUAAAGUGACAACAAGUUGGGAAGAGAUCAUGGAUAAGGUUGGGAUGAUUUAGAGGUAUAAAUAGACAUGAUGCAAUCUACAUCUUCAGAACAUCUUGGUGUUUCCAAAGUAAGUCUUUUACUUAGUAACUCCUUUCCUAGGUUUCAAACGUUCGACUAAAAGCUGCAAAAUUAUUAAAGUGCUACUUUUUCGAGAACUUUCUAAAAGUUUUGUACAUGUUAUAGUUUUUAAUUAUUUUACAAACUCUUAUUGCCACUUUAACAUCGUACUGUAAUUUCAGAAUGAGAAUCUUCUUCGUCUUCGCCCUCUUCAUCGGAGCCGCUUCGGCCUUCUUGUUCCCAACUCCACCAGCUGCUGGAGGUGGCUGCUGCCCACCACCACCAAGCUGUGGAUGUGGUGCUCCACCACCACCCCCACCACCGCCUCCACCACCACCACCAAGCUGCGGAUGUGCCCCACCACCAUCCCCAUGCGGUUGCGGAGGCAAGUAA